AUGACUUGUUGGGAAAAACCACAAUUCGACCAUUUCCAACAACCAGUAGUUAUCACCAAUAAAUUAGUCGAUAAUAAUGAAGAAUAUGAGGACGAAGAACUAAUAGCCCAACGACAUUAUGUAGUAUUUGGAGACCAAGAUGAUUUAGCUCCUUUAGCUGAAA